GUCCUUUUUCAGUUUUAUUUUUACCCACAUCAAACGAAAUCAGUACAACAUUGAAGAGAGAGAAAAAACUUAGAGGCGAAUGAACUACAAAGUUUGAAGCCUCAAGCCACAAAGAAGAAGAAGAAGAGCAAAAAUGGAGCGUUUCAUGGAACAAGCGCUGGAACAGGCACGCAAUGCAGAACAACUCAAGGAGGUCCCGGUGGGCUGUGUGUUUGUCUACCGGGGCGAUAUCAUAGCCAACGGAUGCAACCGAGUUAAUGAGACGAAGAAUGCCACGCGACACGUGGAGUUCAUCUGUAUCGAUCAAGUGCUGGAGUACGCCACGAAACAGGGUUUGAACUAUAAGGAUGUGUUCCGGGAGGUUAGCGUUGUUGUGACGGUUGAACCGUGCAUAAUGUGUGCAGCGGCCUUGAUAAAUUUGAAUGUGAAAGAAGUGAUUUAUGGCUGCCGGAAUGAUCGAUUCGGAGGUUGUACCGUGGUGGACGUUCCAGGGUUGUUGAAAACGAAAAUACCCAUUCGAGGUGGAGUGCGAGCCGACGAAGCGAUGGAACUGCUGAAAGAAUUUUACAAAGGAGAGAAUCCGUCGGCUCCUGUUCCAAAGACAAAAGAACGCAGAUAAAUUCCAAUCUGUGAUUGUA